GAGCCGCGGGUGCUUCCUGUCGCCGGGUCAGCCCCGAAACGCCACCGGGUGAAGGAGCAGCGGCUGCCGGGGGUCGAGUGGUCCCUCAGCGCCCAAGGGGGACAACACCGAGCGGGGGGCACGGGCGGGGACUCCGGCGGCCGCCCAAGAUGGCGGCGCGUCCGCGCAGCCUGAGGAGGAGCGCGGUGUGCGGGUAACUGGGGCGGGCGGGGGGCGGCCGCCGCGGGGACGGCGAUGAUCGUGCUGGGCCGCGUCUCAGGCGCUCGCUGAAGGCGCUGCCUGCCCGGCCAUGGCUCUGAGGGAGCUGAAAGUUUGCCUUCUGGGGGACACUGGUGUGGGCAAAUCAAGUAUCGUGUGGAGAUUUGUGGAAGAUAGCUUUGAUCCCAACAUCAACCCAACAAUAGGAGCCUCAUUUAUGACCAAGACUGUACAGUAUCAAAAUGAGCUGCAUAAAUUCCUGAUUUGGGAUACAGCUGGACAGGAGAGGUUUCGUGCUUUAGCCCCGAUGUAUUACCGAGGGUCAGCAGCAGCCAUUAUAGUGUAUGACAUCACAAAAGAGGAAACUUUCUCAACGUUAAAGAACUGGGUUAAAGAGCUUCGCCAGCAUGGACCUCCCAACAUUGUUGUAGCUAUUGCAGGAAAUAAGUGUGAUCUUAAUGAUGUCAGAGAAGUCAUGGAAAAAGAUGCUAAAGACUAUGCAGAUUCCAUUCAUGCAAUAUUUGUAGAGACAAGUGCGAAAAAUGCAAUAAACAUCAAUGAACUCUUUAUAGAAAUCAGUCGCAGAAUUCCAUCCACUGACACCAACCCCGCCUCCAGUGGGAAGGGCUUCAAGCUUCGACGGCAGCCAUCGGUGACAAAGCGCAGCUGCUGUUGACUGACCCCUUAGAAAGUCAAACUUUAUAUACAGUAGGUGGUCUUGGAAGUUAAUAGUUCACGUUGGGUUUAUAUAUCAGUCUUAGAUCUUUAUCUGCUGGUGUUCAACCACCCGAGGUCCCCAAGAAGGGAGCGGCUCAUCGGACACCUGCGCGCGCAGAAAAGACUGCAGUGGUCAGGGCAGCCUGCUGGCUUCCACGGCGUGCAGUGUCCCCUGCAUUCAAAGGGAAUCCAUCAUCACUUCUUUGGCCUUGCUUGAUUGGAAGGUGACUACGUGGAUGGUAGAACUGAAAUGUUUCCGUAGUUUUGUAAACAAGGUUUUGGGAGGUUUUUUGUAAAAAGGGAAAUGAGCACUUUUGUGGGAGAUUGGGUUAGGAGGAGUCUGGAAGUUAGAUGUCAUUUCUUCCUUUUCUUCAGUGAGCCUUAUUUUAAAUUUUGGUGUAGCUACUCCGAAGUAUGAUGGGACAGUUGAUGUGAGAUGGCUACAGAAUAAGCAACUGAAGACAAAUAGUAGGCAAAUCAGUCCAUCCAGUCCCCAAAUCCCAUUUGCACUUUUUAUUUAAGGAUGAUCUGCACUGGGGGUGGGGACACAAGCAACAGAUCUUAAACCACAGACAAUCUUCUUUUUCAUGCUGACUGUAAUCACUUUAAGGCAAACUGGUAUGCUUAUAGGCAUCUUUUUGUUGUUAUGAGUUUUUUUAAUAUUAAGAUAUUGGUUAAAGAAAAUUACUUGUAGAUCUGACUAAAUGAAGUGGUUACUGACUAAAAAGAGAUGCUGUAAACAGAUGCUGCCAGUGGUUCUGAUAAGACCUACAAGGUUUUGGGGAAAGCUUUUAAUUGCUUGGCAUGUGUAAAGUGUUCAUAUUAUAUUUAUGAGACCAGUGUUUAAAGUGUUAUAAAUUAUGUAAAAACAGUAAAAAAUAAUAGAGUCUUCUACACUCCUUCCAUUCCACACCUAGGGAUAAACUCUUGGGGAAUCUCCAUCAGGGUUUUUUCCUGCAUUUUAGGUAUUGUCACUGUGAGUUCAUCCAGAGGCAGAUGAAAUUCUUUCUCUUUCAAUGACAUUUGAAAGGGCCAACAGAACAUCCUGUUGGGGCAGCACAAGGCCUGUCUGUUGAACAAGCUUCCAUCCUGGGGUGCACCCAGUCUUUCCUAUUUUAGGCACAAAAAUACACAUAGGAAGUAACCUUAAGACAUGUGGUAAUGUAGAUCAUUACCUCUUGGUUCCUGGGGUUUUUCAUCUGUGAGGGUUUUUAGCAAAUCAGUGUUUAGCUUAUUCUGUAUGGGUUUUAGUAGGCUUUCAAUUAAACUAUAGGUUGACCAUACCUGUUUGUGCUAUUUUAUUUAUUUUUACUUUUUGUUUCUUACCAGCACUAGUGAGAAACUUUUAUACUUUUGAAGAAAAAGAGCUUAAUAGACUUGAGUAUAUACUAAAAUAUGCUGGUUAGCUUUAGUAUCCAACUGAGCUCAUGAUGAUGCUUAUUCUUUUUUUAAUCUGGUUUUCUAUCAUCUCAAGUAUUUUCUCUGAAGGAAAUGUAGGAAAAUUUGUAAGAAAUUAAAGGAUUUGUACUUCAGAUUCAUUUGUGUUACUGAAAAUUCUUGGAGAGCUGGAGCAGAACAGGCAAACUGGUACAUGGAGGUUUUUGGACAGGUCAGUGAGUUAAAUGAUAUUUGGUGACUACAUUUUUGUCAUGCCUUUUCUUUACCCUGCCUGCAUUGCCAAUUCUGCCUUCUUUGCCAUAGUCCCACAGCUCCAUGUUUCUAGAGAGCCCAAGAAAUCCAACUUCAUGGGUAUGCACCCUACUCUUUCUGCAGUUCUGAUCUUGAAUUGCUGCAGGUAAAGUGUAACAGCCAGUGUUCCAGAUUGUCCAAACUGCCAGCCCUGGAGUGAGGCUGCUUCUUAAUAUUUGCCUGUUUAAAAAGACAGACAGUUGAUGUAAGUUCUUCUGAGUCCAGAUAAGUGUUUAUUGAUCACUGGCCCUGCUGAACGCUGGAAUGCAAUCUUCCCUGCAUGAGAUGCACAUGCUCAUUGUUUCAUUUUUGGUAGAGAAAAGUGGUUUCUUUUGUAUUAAUAAUUUGUUAGGUCAGCUGCUUUGAUCUUGCACUAGGCUUCCUGGAAUUGAUUAUAUUUUGUCCUAACAGAGCUUCUCUAUUUGGAGAUACAUUGGUAUUGGAGUGUUUGGAGUGCAGAUUAUCAACCAUUCCAGCUAAAUUUUUAAUAACUUUUUUCCUGGUAAGAAGUUGUUAAAGAAGCUCAGGAUUAAAGCCACCAUGUCUUUUUGUCUAAUGAGUGGAGCUCAUCAGAGAGACUCAACUUUCAGAUACUGUCAAAGGGGAUUACACAAUCUCAGAAUGGUUCAGGUUGAAAGGGACCACAGUGAGUAAUCUGGUUCAACCUCCCUGCUCAAGCAGGGUCAUCCCAGAACACAUUGCACAGAUUAAUUUCUGCAGAACAUGUUUGAAAGGGCAAAGUGUCAUGUAUGUAAAAAUGUAAUGAGGUGUAUGUUAUAUCAUUGAUCCAGAGCAUUUUUAGCUGAAAAAAUAUGACUAGUGCAACUUCUGAACACCACCAGUUCUUUCUCAUGAAAGUUAUAGAAUUGAACAAAAAUUAAAUUUGAUAAAUAUUUCAUUCUUAAGCUUUGGAGCAACCUGAAUGUGCUCUCCAGGUUUUGGAAGGUGUCUUCAUCUGACCCUCUCUUGAAACAGUCACUUAGCUGACUUGCCAGGUUCUCAAUCUGUGCUGCGGGUAGCUUUGUAGGAUAUUUUAUAUACAUGCUGAAAAGUGGCAGUAGGUGCCCAAGUAGGUGAAAUUUGGAAGCUGACAUUUAGUAGCAUUUAGUAAUCAUACUACUGAAAAUUGUUAUAGGUGCUUUGAAAAGUUCUAAGACAAUUCUAACGACUUUUGCUGUUACUGUGAAGGUGAAGAGUUUGUUUUAGGUCCAACAAAUCACUGCACUCCAGAUCCCUGCUGACAUCAGUGAGACCCUUCCUUUAAGUGCUGCAGGAUCAGACAGUUAAUGGUUUAGAGGAUGUUUUAUGCAGACUGGAGUCUUUGAUGUGUUGCUUUACAUUUAAUGCUACCAGCCUGCUCAAGAAGGAUUAUUUACUUGCUUGGGAAGAGGGUAAGAGGAGAGGAGACAGACCUACUUAUUGAUUUGGAAGUCUAAUCCUUCAACUUGGUUGAGGGAGAGCUACAAUCUUGGUAAAAGCUUCAUUUUAAUUAUCAAAAAGUAAUUCAUGGUGAAAAUCUUGAAUGGUUUAAAAGUUGGCCUCAGCAAGAUUUUUUUUCUUACACUGUUAAGGUUAAAUUAUUCCUUCACAUUAGUGUUUAGUUCCAGUAUAACACAUUACUAGUUGGAAAAGGAAGCUUUAGCAAUGAUGUUUGAAUUACUUGCUUGUGAAACAGUCUUUAGUGUGUGUUAAGGAUGGUGUAGGCUAUUUGUGGUGAGCUGUGUCAGCAAUCUGCACAGGAAUGGAUGAUUUACAGGACAGAAGCUGUCAGAACAGUGGAGCUGCUCACCCUGGAGUGAACUUCACUCAGCAGCAAUAGCCACAGACAAACAGGGCAAAAUCAUCUCCAAAACAAGGAGAAGCUGCAUAAUUCACUGGCUUCAACUUCUACACUGCCUGCUCAUUUUGUAAAAAGGCUUCACGUAUCCUUCCUGAAUACUUACAGCCUCUAAAAAUGGCUUUUUGGUUCAUAGUUGAGAGAAAAGGACAAACUUUCUUAACUUUUCUAGCAGGGAGUCAUUGUACAGCCACCUGAGAUGGCUUGUACAUCCCAAGUCUGUUACUCAAAGCAGAGGAAUUGUAUACUUGGAAUUAAGUCUCUAAAAUUCUGCAAAAAAUUCCCUAUAGAAAACUGUUGUUGUUUCAUGUUCAGAUCCCAUCUCUGGUAGUAGAUCAUAGCCUACUGAUGGUAGGUGACAGAAGAUUUACAGAACUAUGACGAUGGUGUGAAUAACCGAUGUAAGAUGGAAAUACAGGUUCUAGUAUUAAAAUAAUCAUUUUAGGUUUCCUUUGAGCCAUAUGGUUCCAGCUUGUCAAAAGGAAUAUGCUUGAAAAUACAUAUUUGUAUAUCAUACAAAAAUUCAGGUGCCAAAAUGUAAUUCCUAAAAUUAUUUUAGGCCUUCUGACACUAACGUUUGUUUCUGAAAAAUCCCUUCUGAUAUUCUGAAGGUCUCAAAAGCCUGAGUGCAAACCACUUCUUGCUCAGCUACCGUAAAAAAUGCACAACUUGGAAAAAAUUGAACAAGCAUUACCAGACUUUAUCCCUAAAGUGUCACAGAUACAAAUCUUUCAAGGAUGUCAGACUAUCCUGAAAUCCAAGAAUACAGAUGAGCUUAGCCUUUGACAUGUCAAAAUCUUCCUAGGGUCAGCUUUUUCCUCCUUCCCCCCUCCAUUUCCUCCCACCCAACCCUGAAUUUUUAAUAUAGUGUUGUCAGAGUGUACAUGCUAUAAAGAGCUAUUCAGAAAUACUUAGAAAAGUUCUAAUGGCUGACAGUUACUUGGUGCUCCCUAUUUUACAUGAAGAAUCGAGGCAGUAGGAUGAGUUUUCUCACUGUAGAAUCAAGACUUCUUAGAAGAAACAAUUUUGCUCUUCCUGUUACAUCUGCCUUCAAAUUGAUGUUCCUAAAUUUUUGCUUAAACACUAAGUAUAAAUUUUAUUUAAGGAGCUAAUUACCUUUGUAAAGAUUUUCUUUUGAGAAGGUUGGGGUUUGCUUUGCUUGGCUUUUGUUGAUGUUUUCACAUACGUAUUGUCGAACAAACCAACUUUUUCAAAUGUUGAAGGACACAGACCACUCUUCUGUCAUGCUCUUCAUCACUGUGGGUGUGAUACUCCAUCCAAUUGUUGCACUUGAAUAUUCUGUAACUCUGACACCUUGAUAGAUUCACUGCUACUAUCUUGCCUCACUUUUACUCAUGUUACAGUAUGUAUUUCCUAUUAAAUCCAUUAUGUUUUCUUGGCUAUUUGUUCUUUGUUUCCUUAUGGGAUUUAGACAAGGAUAGGUGGUGAGUGUCUCUUUUGCCACAAAGUCCUAGAACUAUCUAUCACAGCAGCAAAUAUUUGUGAGCAAAAGGGUAAUUCAUUAGCACAGCCUUAUGAAACUGUCACAGCAGCUGAGACCUGUGCCAUGACUGUAUUUUACCACGUAAUGAAGGCUAAAUUCACCUCGAAGAGCAAGUUAUUGUAAGCCUCUAGUCCACUCUUCUGUAUUUUAACUUUCUUUCUUGUACUUCCUCUUUCUGAAACUGUGUAUCCAACACUGACACUGUGAUGGUGAGUUAAUUGAUUUUAGGCCCAGAAAUGGAUUGCGUUUCUGUAGCUAAGAUGCUUAAGACUUCCUGGCAAUCUUCCCACUUUUACCCCCCACACUGAGGACAAUGAAGAAAAAAAGGUUUUUUUCUGAAUGAGAAACUGCAUUUGUGUGUUCAGGACACAAAAAUAAGCUGAUAUGCAUAGAGCUCUUGCAGUGUAGUAAAUGUUUGCCUGUAAAAUGUGUAAAGGUUAACCUUUGUGUCAGCAAUUCUUGUCACUCAUAACAACAUUCUGCCUUUUCAUUCUAGGAUGGGUUAACCUGUUCCAAGGGUUGAAAGGUCUGUGCCUUCUUACUCUAUUAUCUCUUACUAAAACAAACUUAAGCCGCUCAAAGUUACAGAGCAUUUGCAGCACUGUAAACUGCACAAAUUCCCACCCAUUGCUUCACUGCAUGAAGUGUAGUCAGAUUACUAGUGAUGAAAUAUUGUAGUGAUGAAUUCCCAAGCUUAUGAAUGUUUUGAGACUUUUUUUAGUCUUCUCUUGGGCUGGUCCUGAGAGCGUGUACAGGUUUGUCUGUAUUGUUGGUUUGUAGAUGUUAAUGAGGGAAACCAGGCUUUUGUUCUCUCCUUUUUGUUUGAGUCGUUACACUCCCAUAUAGUGCAUAGAAUGCAAAUAAAGAAAUGUUGAUUUGACAUAAUGUAAACAGCCUUUUCAGCCUAAGCAUUCAUAAUAAACUUUUAUAGUGUAAUAACAUGCUAAAUCACUACCAGUCUGAUGUAUUGUGCAAAAAAAAAAAGGUGUAAACAUUUUAUUAAUAAAAUGCUUUGUUUAUAAAUA